AUGUAUUUUUAUACAUCAAUUAUUAUCAACUUAAUUAUUUGUUUAUAUGUAGCAGCUCAAGGAACAUUACAACCACAAAUAUUAGCUGAUGAGAAAUUUGUAUCACUUGGAAAUAACAUUAAAACUGAUAUUGAUGGAUAUUUACAUUUAGAUGAUAAAGGAAUUUUACGAUCCUUUGAUAACAAUAAUAAAGUGAUUGAUUAUAAAUUAUUAUCUGCUGAGGAUUUUACACUUAUAAACAGAAAAUAUUCACCAGAAACUGAAAAAGAUCGAGCAGCAUUCUGGGAAAACAAUAUUUCUUCAAUUGAGGAAAAUGAAAUUUGGAAUCCUUCUGAACAUAUGAUGGCAGCUAUUCUAUCUGGAAGGUCUAUGAGUGAAUCCGAGUCGUCAAACUCGAAAUCGGAGAAACCUAAUUUGUUGGCACUGAAUGUCCACGAAAAGAUCCACGGUGUCUUAAUUGUGUUGGUCAAACAGGACCAACUUGGCGUGGGCAUUGUGCAUUCUGAUUUAGCAUCUAUUGCUAGAGUAUUAGUCAUUAGUUCUACUUCUUAG